AAAAAAAACGAAACAAAACAAGCGGUACUUACAUAAAGCAAACGGCACUUUCGGAUUUUCUUAUAUGACUGACGGUCCUGCUCCCCCGCCGUCAAAUUUUAAAAAUCCGCCAAAGAAACAAAAACCUCCCAACGGCUCCUUCCGAUUCCCAAGAAACCCUCAAAACCCUUGCCUGCACUUCCCUCAAUCUCAAUCAAGGUCGAAACGCAUUCUGCAUUUCCGCAACCGAAAAUCCGCCGGAAAUCCGUAGUUCUUCUCGUCGCAGUUAAUUAUUAGAAUCAUCUCAUAAAUGGAUCCGACUCCCCCAUAUAAUCGGUCCACUCCCACUUCUCAAACGAAAUCCGCCUCUCGCUUAGCAAGUAUUGGGUACUCUGCUAUUGAAUCCGAAGAACGGCCCCCGGUUCUGUCUUUAGAUCUCAUUUCGUCGUCUCCCAAGGAAACCCCAACAUUGCCUUCGCCUACCUCUCUCAAAUCGUCGACGAAUUCUCUUACUUUACCGGAACUCUUGGUUCUUUCGCCUUCUACUCUGAGAAAAUCGAGGACUCGUCUCGCGGAUAGGCUAGAGAUGGCGGAGGAAUCUGCGAAGCUAAAUGGACCGCGCAAGAGAUGCAAAAGCAGUUUGGGUUGUCACUCGCCGAGGAAUAAUCGGAGGUCGAGGAGAAGAGUGGAAAUGGAAGGGAGAGAAGAGAGGGAUUCGGGGUUGGUGGAGGAGAUUGGGAAAUUAAGAAAAGGGAGGCAUGCUGGGAAAUCAAAGAAGGAGACGCUCAGUUUGGUCUCUGCAGUAUCUUCAUCAAGUUUGUCUCCAAAAGUAGAUGAUUAUGAUGGAGGUAAUCUCGAUCGAAUAGGAGAGAUGAUUAGUGAUUUGGUCAUGUGGAGAGAUGUGGCCAAAUCAAGCCUUUGGUUUGGAUUUGGUUGUUUGUAUUUCUUGUCUUCUUGCUUUGCCAAAGGAGUCAACUUUAGCAUGUUUUCGGCAUUCUCUCAGCUAGGACUUCUGUUUUUGAGUGCUUCCUUCUUCUCUAAUUCAAUCUGCCAAAGAGAAAAUGUUGAAAAGAGGCGUGAUUUGAGUCUGAGAGAAGAGGACUUCUUGAAAUUGGCUAGACUGAUACUCCCAGCCAUGAAUCUUGCAAUUUCCAAAACGCAAGAGCUAUUCUCUGGAGAGCCUUCCAUGACCCUCAAAGUAGCUCCAUUGCUUCUCCUUGGAGCUGAGUAUGGCCACCUUUUUACCCUACGGAGGCUCUGUGCAUUAGGUUUCUUUAUCAGCUUCACUGUACCAAAACCAUACUCAUCCUACUCAACUCAGAUAAACCAAAAAGCCGAGUACAUGAAACAGUGGGUCGGGGAAGCCUGGGGAGCUUGCUCUCACAAAAAGCUUGUGGCAGCUUCAGCAGUAACAGCCUUUUGGAAUCUGUCAAGUGUAAAAAUUCGCAUAUUUUCAGCAUUCAUAUCUCUGGUAAUAGUCCGGUAUUGCCGACCACAAUUUGUGCCAAACUCAUGUGAGCAAGAAAAAGUGAAAGAAGAGCAGCAGCAGCAGGAGGACCAACAGACAUUAAUUGUUGCUCAAUCACAGAAGUAGUAGUCAUUUUGGUUCCUUCAAUGAUAUGAAGCUUCUAACACCAAUGAAGUUUGUUCAUUAAAUUGGAAAACAGACAAGUCAAUGUAUAUUAAGUCCUUGGAAACUAACAUGACCUAUUCAUGUUCAGCUUGUAUAAAUAAUGGCUUCCAUUUCUCUUCUGCAAGAUUUUCUCUACAGUCUAGUCUGUUUCUUUCCUUUAUUAUUUGUGAUUCUUGGAGAGUUCUGACUCUGGCAACCCUCAUAAAAUAAAGAAGGAAAGCAAUC